GUCUUUGAUUUUAUUUAUUUAAUUUAUUUCUUUUAACAAUGACUGAUUUACCAUAUGCUGCCGACGCCGAAUUUCCUCUUUCAAUAGAAGAAUUGAGUGUAUUGCGAAGGCAAUAUGAACGCGAAAAUGUGGACGGUGAAGCUACAACACAAACUAAAUUCAAUUAUGCUUGGGGUUUAAUUAAAGGCAGAAAAGCAACAGAUCAACAAUUUGGUGUACGACUUUUAACUGAGAUCUACAAUGAUAUUCCUGAACGUCGUCGCGAAUGCCUUUAUUAUUUAGCAUUAGGUAAUUACAAGUUAGGUAAUUACAAGGACGCCAAAAGUUAUAAUGAUUUAUUGAUAGAUAAAGAACCAAAAAAUUUACAAGCACAAAGUUUAAGGGAUCUCAUAGAACAGAAAGUUAAAAGUGAGGGAAUGAUGGGUAUGAUGAUUACAGGUGGAAUUGUAGCUGUUGGUGCAAUAAUCAUAGGCUCAAUUUUCAAAGGUUCCUCCUCUAAGAGAUAAUCCGUGAUAACAAUCAAUAUCUACCGCAUUUUGUAAAAUUAGAAUUAAUUAAUAGCCAAUGGAAAAUUAUAUAUUGCAUUGAAUUCUAUAUAAUAUGAAUAACAUUAUUAUUAAAAUACAGAUUUAUCAAAAUCAAAAAAAUCGUAUCCGCUAAGUGGAUUUUCUUCAUCUUUAUCAUUCUUUUUGCCAUCCGUUGAAAAAUCACUUUUACCAAAAGCAUCAUUGUAGUUAUUUUUCUUUUCAACUUCUUCUCUAAGAACUGGAGAAAUUUCAGCUAAAAAAAAAUAAAAUUUUGUUUAAGAAUAAAUAAUUAUUU